UGUGCGGCGCGGACAGUGCCGCCGCGAUCGCGACCGCGCCGUAUCCACGCCGACACUCGACGUCGACAUCCCGACGCGAACACUACCACGCAGUGACAACUCUUCACGCGAUCGACUCGAAACGAACUUUUAAUUUUCAAAGUUUCAAAAAGUUAUGUUGGACUUUACGAUUAAUUUAGUUUAAAUUGUUUAUUUAUUAGUGACCGAUACCUGAACUGAAAUUUGAUUUGGUGAUGUGCGAUGGGUGAGGGGAGCAGUAUGUCAGUUUGGGUGGCACGCUGCGCGUGGGCCUGCGCACUGUUGGCCGCCGUCGUCGCCGGCGCCGCCGCGGACGCGCACGCGGACGUCGACACAUCCACCGGCCUUGGUGAUAAUACACUCACUAAUUCAGUAUUGGAGGAACCGGAGUUCACUGACGUCAUCCAGAACGUGACGGUUCCCGCCGGUCGCAGCGUACGUCUUGCGUGCUCCGUUAAAAAUCUUGGAUCCUAUAAGGUGGCAUGGAUGCACUUCGAGCAGUCAGCUAUCCUGACGGUGCACAACCACGUGAUAACGCGCAACCCGCGGGUUAGCGUGACGCACGACAAGCACCGCACCUGGUUCCUACACAUCUCUGACGUACGCGAGGAGGACCGCGGCAGAUACAUGUGCCAGAUCAACACUGUCACCGCUAAGACACAGUUCGGAUAUCUACAUGUUGUAGUGCCUCCUUCAAUCGACGACUCGCUGAGCUCGAGCGACGUGAUCGUCCGCGAGGGCGCCAAUGUCACUCUGACGUGCCGCGCUAAUGGCUCUCCUAAGCCCACCAUCAAGUGGAAACGGGACGACAGCUCGAAAAUCUCCAUCAGCAAGGGACAUUCUGUUUCUGAAUGGGAAGGCGAAGUGUUGGAUAUGGCGAGAAUAUCCCGUCUCGAUAUGGGUGCUUAUCUUUGUAUUGCCAGUAACGGUGUGCCGCCCACUGUUUCCAAAAGAGUCAAGGUCAGCGUCGAUUUUCCGCCUAUGCUAUGGAUUCCACACCAGCUCGUCGGUGCGCCGCUUUAUUAUAACGUGACCUUAGAAUGUUUCACUGAAGCACAUCCCACAUCUUUAAAUUACUGGACAAGAGACGACGGUCACAUGAUUCAUGAAAGUCCAAAAUACCACAUGGAAAAUGUAAUCGGAACACCAGCUUACAAGACGCACAUGAAAUUGCUGAUUAGACAUAUUGUGACUGAAGAUUACGGCACAUAUAAAUGCGUCGCUAAAAAUCCUAGAGGAGAAUCUGACGGAACUAUUCGGUUAUACACGUCGUCCCCACCGACUACAACGCCCGAUCCUCGAGCGCUUACUGUACCACCGCCCUCUCGACCGCCGCGCCGGGAUAACCCGAUCACAGAUAAAGGAAAUAAAUAUCAAUCAAACAUGAAUGAGAUUGAUAGGCGAGAGUCGGGCAAGCAGAAGACGGACGAGGGCGGCGGAAAGUCUCAUCUCAACUGGGUGGGCGGCGCCUCUCAAGUCACAGGCGACGCUGACUGGAGAAGAAGCCAGCCAUGGAUUUUCUUUGCCUUAUAUUUAAUUUGUUGUUUUUAAAAAAAUGUAACUGUUUUAUAAGCUAUUACAUUUUUUUAAAAUGCCAUAAAUAGAGUUAAAACACCUUUGUAGUAGCACAACGACAUAUUUAUUUUAUCUUUAUAAUGCAGUACUUUUUUAAAAUUA